AUGGCUCCCCGUCUGUCUGGGAAGCUCUCCCAGCUCUCCCAAUCCUUGGGACUCUGGGAUAUCCCAGUGACCCUUCCGCAAAUCUCCCUCCGCAACUUUGGCAUCCGCUCUCUCAACCCUCCCAAACCCAGCCGCUUCAAUAACCACCCCGGUCUGCCCGUCCUCGAAUCCACCUCCACGGCUGCUCUCCGUCGCAAGGCCAACUCUUUGCCACUCCGGACGGGCGCGAUCGGUAUCAAGAAGGGUAUGACGGCCAUCUUCGACACCGAAACCGGCAAGCGCAUCCCCUGCACCGUUCUCCAACUGGACCGCGUGGAGGUGGUCUCUCACAAGACUCGCGAGAAGCACGGAUACUAUGCAGUGCAGGUGGGCGCGGGCUGGAAACAUCCCAGCAACAUGCCCAAUUCGUUGCUGGGACACUUCUCCGCCCAGGGUCUCUCGCCGAAACGCCAUGUUUUUGAGUUCCGGGUCAAGGACGAGUCGGGGCUGCUCCCUGUGGGAGAGAGCAUUCCGGCCUCGUGGUUCCAGGAGGGACAGUAUGUGGAUGCGCGAUCCAACACCAAGGGUAAAGGUUUUGCGGGUGUGAUGAAGCGACAUGGCUUCCACGGUCAGGAUCGGAGUCACGGUGUGAGUUUGACGCAUCGAUCGAUGGGUUCUGCGGGUCCCAGUCAGGGUGGUGGUUCUCGUGUGUAUCCCGGCAAGAAGAUGGCCGGAAACAUGGGAAAUACCCAAAACACGGUGCAGAACUUGAAGAUUCUCAAGGUGGAUGCUGAGUCGGGCAUUGUCGUUGUCAGUGGUGCGGUGAGUGGUCCCAAGGGCUGCGUGGUGCGCAUCCAAGAUGCUAUUAAGAAGCCCUGGCCCGAGGUGGCCAUGGCCGAUGCUUCUGCGACCGCCUCGGCCACAACGGCUUGA